UAAUUCGUUCAUUCAAUUUCAAUAUUUUCACUAAAUAUUUUAAACGAAACAACUGGCACGAGUUUGCUUGCGGUCACGCUUAAAGCGGUAACAUUGAAGUUGUGCAAGGAGUGACAAGUCCACCUUCGUUUCUCAUUCCUCUGUAAAUUACACUAGAUUUUGGGUGGCACGAUCCAGAUCUGUCAUAUGUAAUUCCAGAUCUCCACCUUUAAAAGCACUUGUGCAGACAACAGAUAAUGAACGUAGAAGUGCUGCGCAGUGACUCUCCAAGGGCAAGACGCAAUGACUCUGCAAAGGCAAUGCGCAGAGCUGACAAAAAUGCCCAAAGCCUAAGGAAAAAGGCUUUGGCAGGCGAUGAAGAGAUUAAUCUUAACCUAAAUAUGAAGGGAUCCCUGGAGAAUCCCUCGAGGUUCAUUAAGAGGUGGAGUUUACUUAAGUUGCUUCUCGCAGGUGGAAUUGUAUGGUUAUUAUUCAUGCUGCUAGUCUUAGUGAUGUAUGUUUCCAUAUGCGGAUCGACUGUGUAUUCUUCUCCCGGUCAGUGCAAGAAAAAUAGCUGGAUAUUCAUUCUUCUUGAUACAUUGGGAUUCUUGUCAAAAGACACAAAAUCCGUACAUCGUUGUCCUAUACCUGUUGUGGAUGAUCCGGAUUCCAUUACAAUUCCACUCAAGAGAGAGGAUAAUAGUUUCGUACAAAAUUUGUCCUAUGUGAUAGAGGAUAAAGCAUUGGAAAUUAAUUCAAGCCUAGCACCAUUAUUUGGUGGAUAUCAAAAUUGGCAGAAAAGAGAAGAAACUUUCCAACUGAAGCCAACUAUGAAGGUGCAUUGUGGUUUUAUAAAAAAUGGUGGUGCAGAUAUGGAUAUAGUAGACAGGGAAUAUGUCAAGAAAUGCAAGUUUGUUGUUGCUUCUGGUAUCUUUGAUGGUUAUGAUACACCUCAUCAGCCUUUAAAUAUAAGUGCUCGCUCCCGAAAUCUUUUCUGCUUUCUAAUGGUGGUCGAUGAAAAGUCCCUUAAUUAUAUAAGGCAGAAUGAGAAUGUCACAGAGGAUAGCAACAAAGGAAAAUGGGUUGGUCUUUGGCACCUUGUGUUGCUUCGGAAUCCACCUUAUGAUGAACCAAGAAGGAAUGGAAAGGUCCCCAAAAUAUUAACUCACAGGCUGUUUCCAGAAGCACAGUACAGCAUUUGGAUUGAUGGCAAGAUGGAGCUUAUUGUUGACCCUUUGCUUAUUCUUGAAAGGUAUCUAUGGAGAGGGGGCCAUAAAUUUGCAAUUGCUCGUCAUAAGCAUCAUCGGAGCAUUUAUCAAGAGGCAGAUGCUAAUAAACGAAGGAAGCGGUAUGCUAGACCGCUGAUUGAUUUGCACAUGAAAAUAUACAGCUAUGAAGGAAUGGAGUCUUGGAAUAAGAAGAAACCUACACCAAGUGAUGUUCCAGAGGGUGCGGUCAUAAUUCGGGAGCACACACCUCUUACCAACUUAUUCUGUUGCUUGUGGUUCAAUGAAGUCAACCUUUUCACACCUAGAGAUCAGCUGAGUUUUGGCUAUGUUGUAUAUAGGUUGAAGGGGGCUUUUAAGUUUUUUAUGUUCCCUAAUUGUGAAUACAACUCAUUGUUCAUCUUACACAAGCAUACGCGCGAACAUUCUUCUAAAAUUGAAUGGGUAAAGUCAACGGAUGAAUUUAAAGGCAAUGGUAGCACAAUGAAAGAAAGCAGAGGAGGCUUGGGUCUUUGGACGCCAUAUCCUGCUAAUUUAGAUUCUAUAGAAAUUCCAACAGUUUGAUAUUUCACAUGUAGCAAAGACUGCAUGUAUGGCCGGCAUUGCAUUUUUGACAUUCUUCUUCAUCAAAAUGAUGAAAUCUAGUUCUUUUCUCCAUUUGUAUUCUACUGAGAUUGAGGUAUCAAGGGUUGAGAAUUCUCAACCAGGGUUAAAAAGUUGUACAAUUAAUUAUUCAAUUUUAAUUUCACCGAAGUCAUCCACAAUAGAAGAGAAGGUUGUGUUUGAGAAUUUUAGUUGAGAUAUUGUAAAGCGGUUUCUUGGAAGUAAAUGAAUAAAAUUACAUUUUGAAAACAAA